AUGUCGACUGGUCGUAUGAAUACAGUGGCCAAACCACAGCCUGAAGAUCCGGAAGAGCUAGUGAUUUUAGAAGCUUUACGCUUAACACCGCGUGAACGGGAAAUUAUACUUGAUGUGUUACGGCGUGAUGAAGUAUUAAGGAAACGUAAUCAGCAACGAGUCAUGCGUCUAAAAGCUGAACUACAAGCAUUGAGACGUCGUGGCGCCUUACGACCAACACAAACAACACCACACACAUCUACAGCACCACACAGUGAUUGGGGUGGAGGUGGUUUUGGUGGUCCAACUCCCACUACUACAACUGGACCAACAAGUACAACUGCAGUUUUAGCACCCAAUACUAUCGCACAAGCGGUCUUACGAUCAGAGAAUUCAUGUGCUCGAUGUCGUGUUGAAUUAGGACGAAUUAUUAACCGUGGUGCUAUUUGUCGUACAUGCCGUCAACGUAUUUGUAAAGCAUGUCGCGAAUACUCAUCACGCACCACCGACUGGGUGUGUUGUGUGUGUCAUAAACAUAUGGAGAUUCAGGCAGCGACUGGCGAAUGGAUACAUGAAUUUAAACGCAGAUCAAGUAUACGACGCGAUAGUCGAACGAACAUCAAUUUACAACCGGCAACUGAUAUUAUCAAAAGGACUAUAAGACGUUCAUGGACGAUAUCAAAUCCACAACCGCGAUGGAAUUAUUUACGUGGCUCAAGUGAAUCUCGCCCAUUUAAUAGUUUACCACGCGGUCAAGACGCAGAUUCCUCACCAUCGCCGUUUUCUUUAUUGGCACCACCACAUCAAUCAACUUCAAGAACUUCGUUACCAAGAUCUCCGGUAUCAACAUCGCCAAUUCCAUCACCUAUUCCUUCCCCUUUACUACGAGAGCCUCCUUCAUCACCUCAACCACAAUUAUCACCACGCUUAUUAUCACCGCGCAAUCAUUCACAAGAAUUACGACGAUCAUAUACGGAUGGACAAUCAAUUUAUGUUUCGCCACUGCUACGACAGAGAUCACCAAAACGUGAGCCUUCUCCGGAGCUAUUUAUACGGCCAACAAUUGAAGUGGAUGAUGUAUUAAAGAAACCGCUAAAGUCACCGUCUUGCAGUAGUGGAGGCCGUACUCCACCAAGACGAUCCCCAUUACAAAAAGAAUUUCCUAGAGAAUUUUCAAAUCGUUGUGGACGUAUACUGCCUGAUACAUUAAACAUAUCACAAUCGAAAAUUGAUAAACCCCCACGACGGAUAUCACCGUUAGCAAAAGCUUAUUCAGAAGAACCAAAAAUCGCACCAGAAAGCCCUCAACAUAGACCCGAAUUGAAAUCAUUCUCAUCGCAAGGAUCGCAAGAUUUACCAAAACCGCCAUCGAAUUUACCUCCAUCGAAAUUUUUUCAAGAAAUUGCAAAAAAAAUGGCCACUGAAGCACAAUCGAAAACAAAACCACCGCUUUCACCACAUUUACAAAAUUAUAAACAGCGUACGAAUGAAUUUUUCGAAUGUAUUGAUAGUGUACCAAAAUUUGCACCACGACGAUUAGGUGGUUCGACGACAAGUUUUGAAGAAGUUGUAAAAGCUGUUUUGGAACGAAAAGCCGCGCAUGAGGAGAAAAGUGCAUCGUUUGAGAAACACGUUUCGUUCGAAAGUAGUGACCCGACAUCAUCGCGAAAAAAUUCGAUGUUAUACGAAAAAGAUGACACAAAAAUGAAAUCCGAAAGUUAUUUGUUAAAAUCGAGUGAUGUUCCAAGUACUCGAAUUCAUUCAAAUACGCCGAACGAAACGAAAAUCAAAUCGUAUUCAACUGAUGAUAAACGUUAUCAACCGUUUAAUACCUUAUCGAAUUUAAAAAGUGAUUCUGAUCCAAAUACAACGGGGGCGCAGGAAGAUUUGUCCGUUGGUGAUGAUGAAGGUGAUGUCGAAGUUUUAAGUGGUACACUAUUUAGAAAAGUUACAGUGAAAAGACGCCGUCAAGAAAUGAAAAAAGCAUCUGCUAUAGAUAAUGGAACUUCAAUUACACCUGGACUCUCACCUUCAUCGACGAAUUCCCGUUAUCAUCAUCGACGUACUCAUAAACGCAGUACAACACAUUUUUACGAUCAAAAUCAACCACGCAACAGUAGCGAGCAUUUUAGUGACUUAUUAUCGACAAUUGAAUUGGAUUCAAUAGCCACGUCAACGGGGGGACGAAUAUUAUUACCUCCUCCGGAUGGUGAAGAUUAUAAGUUAGUAUUUAUAAGUUCGGCGUCAGAUAGUUCAUCCUCAUCAAAAGAAGAAGAGACCGAAGAAGAAGAACAUGAAGCCGACGACGAGGACUUUCCUGAUAGCUGCUCAAAUUUCUCCUCACCGAAACCAACAAUACUUGUGGAUGAAUGUGAUUGGGACUAUUUUGACACCUCCUUUAUAAAUACAACAAUGUCAACCCAACAAUCGACGCGUACAUCAAUGUUGCAUCAUUAUUGGACAUGGAAUUCACCAUUUAAUUCUCCACGUCGAUAUUUAACCCCAUCACCCCCGAUUCUUGGAUCCCCACGUAAAUCAUCCCGUCGUGGAGAAAUAAGUGAUACAGGCACUGAUGAAGAUUCUGUAUCUCGUUUAGGAGAAUCCUCAUCCGAAUCCUCAAAUUCAGUUGGAUUUCGUCGGAAAAAAAUUCCGGAAGAAUCAAAUCAAAAUUGUUGUGCAAUAAAUUGUCAAAAUUGUGGCGGAGCUGUACCACAAAAACAAUACAUUCCAAUACCAGUUCCUGUACCAAUUCCGGUACCAAUUCCAACGUUAUGGAAUCCAAGUGAUUCAAUUAUAUUGUAUAAUCCAGAUUCAACAAUGGAUUCGCAAUUACAAUUACGUUUACAAAAUAUACAAGAAAAUUCAGCAUCAUCAAACGGUAUCUGGCUAUGGCCUUAUUGUAAUAAAAAUUUAGUCGAGAAUCCAUUCGCUACAAUACAAAAUAUUAUGAAUCCGAGUACCAGUCAUACUGACUAUCAAACAAUGAUAAGCGCUGAUAAGAGCCAAAGUACUACCAGUUAUCAACCUGAAACUACAAUUACACAAAAUAAUAUUGACGAGCAGAAUGGGAAUACUGAUCAGAGUCAGCAAACGCCGACAUCAAGUGAGGUGAAAAACGAGGAAUCUAAUCCAGAAACUAUGGAAGUUAUUCCACAACCAAAUGAACUAAGUGGUUAUUUAAAUUCAGAAAAUAAUAAUUCAGCUAGUUCUGAAAACGAUUCAGAAUCGUCAUCAUCAUCUGAAGGUUCAAAUCAUAAUAAUGUACAAAGAAGACGUCGUACUGUACAGCGAACAUAUAAUGUAACGCCAGGUGUUGAUGGGGAUAAUAAACGCUUCAGUGAUGAUGCGUUACCGAGCUCGUCCGUUGAAAUGGAAUCAUCAUCAGCAUCAUCAGAUGGUGAGCAUUCGUCAUCACCAUCAGACGAUGGUAUUAUCAAUGAUCAUAGUGAUAAUGAAAUUGUAUCAUCAUCCUCAACAGAUGAUGAAACUGAUAGUGAUGAUACAGGAACAGUUGCUGAUCGUAAAUCAUCAAAACGUUUCUCACAUGUAUUUGUAGUGAACACAACAAAUAAUUCAUCAUCAUCUUCUGAUAAUUUAUCAUCAAAUAAUUCUGAAACGUCUUCUGAUAAUGAUACUGAUACUGAAAAAGAUUGUUUGAAUUGUGUAUUAAAUUCUAUACGUGCAUUAUCGGAAUCUGAUAAUGAGAAAGACAAUGAUAUUAAACAAGUUGAGGAUAAUUCAUGUGUGUUAAAACAAUUUAAAUUAUUAAGUGAGGAUGAUUAUUUCAGUGAUAAUAAUAAACCAACAUUAUCUAUGAGUGAAAAUCAAAGUGAUACAGCCUCAUCUACAAGUAAUACAGAAAAUAUACCGGAACUUACCUUAAGUGAUAAUAAGGAAAAUGUAAAUGAAAGUGCAAUAUCAUCAGUAAAUAAUCAAAAAAAUAUGCAAGCAUUAGUAGUGAGUAAUAAUCAAAGUGAUAAUACGGAAAAUGUACAGCAGACAAUGAGUGAUAAUACAGAAAAUACGAAUAAGUGUGCUGAAAAUAUGUUACAAUUAAAAAUGAGUGAUAAUACAGAAAAUAUAACAGCUAUAAUGAGUAAUACAGAAAUAUUGCAGGAAUUUAUAGUAAGUGAUAAUCAUAAUGAUAAUACAGAAAAUAUGAACCAAUUUGAAAUAUCAUCAAUGAAUACAGAAAAAAUUAAUGAUACUAAAACACCGCUAUUAUUGUCAGUAAGUGAUAAUGAAAAUAUUCUAGAAAUUAAAGAAGCAUCCUCAUUAUCAGUGAGUGAUAAUGAAAAUAAUCAAGAAACACAACUUGCUACAACGUUAUCGGUGAACGAUAAUGUAAGUAAUAAUAGUAAACAAACAGUAAAAUUAAGUGAAAUAUUAAAAGAAAAACAUACAAAUAAAAAUAAAUCACGUGUUAUCGCUGAAUGUGAUUUAACAUCAACAACAUUAUCAAAUUGUAAUAAUUUAACGACGAUAAACGAUUUAAUUGACAACAAUGAAAAUGAUAUAUCACGUGUUAUUGCUGAAUGUGAUUUAACUGUAAAAAAUGAUAAUAAUUUAACAACAAUUAAUAAUAACAAUGGUGAUUUGAAUGACGACAAUGAAAUAAAUAUUAAAUGUCUGACAUCAAUAAUCCCCCCUGUAUCUGGUGUUGUUACCUCUGUUGAUAGCUCUGCCGCUGAUGGUGGGGGCAGUAUGAAUAGCACACUACAGAAUACAAACACAGGUGUUAGUGGAACGGACUGUGCUGUGAGUCGAACAGACACAAUACAGUUGUCAACAGUAUUACAACAACAACCGGCGGUUAAUAGUGCACACAGUGGCGGUUCUUUAACCAGUGACGAACAAUUAACAAAUAAAUGCAAUGUUGCCGCCACAACAAAAUAUACAAGUUUAGUCAUGAUUACACAAGAAACAAGUGCAGGUACUAGUGAUAACACUACAACUACAAGUUAUCCAUCAUCAUCACAAGUGAGUGUGAUAACAAGUGAAACAACACGUUUAAUAUCGAACGAUCAACAACAAAGUGAUGAAGUGAUUGUACAUCAUACGAACUGGGAGAGUGAUGAUAAAAUUGAUGAGUUUAAUGAUAACAGUGAUAAUAGUGUGUUAUUAUCAUCACCAGAACCAAAUAGUUUGUCAGGGUAUUUUAUCACUUUAGAGAAUAAUAAUAAUCAAACAACACGAAAUCAACGACGUCCAGUGAUAAUACAACGUAAAAGUGAUAAUGAUGAUGAUGAUAAUGUGACUGUUGUAACUGGGGCUGAUACGUUAUCAGCAGUGAUUUGUUUAGAAGAAGGUUUAGCUGAUGAUGAUUCAUGGGUAGAAGAUAUCAGUCAUGAUGAGGAAGAAUUCGCAUCAACAACUCCUACUACGACUACUGCUGAAGAGGAUGAUGAUGAAUCAUCAGGAUGUGAAGAUUCAACUGCAUUGGCUACCACUGCAAUAUGUACAUCAAUGAUUGAUCGUGAAGAAGAGUUGCGCGGCUAUCAUCGAAGUGCAAUCGAUUUCACUUUACAUACAAUUGUUGAAGAAAGUUGCGAAGACAGUGAAGUUGAAUCAAUAUCCAAGCAAAAGAAAUUAGGAAACCGUCCACAUUCUGCUACAGAUUUAGAGAAAUAUUUCUUUUAUGGUCUAGCAGAAAACGUCAAUGGCGCAGGCUCUGAAACAAGCAGUUUAUAUAGUGAAAGUAUUGAUUCAUUACCACCUGGAGGACUUCCAAAUAUUGAAGACGAUAUACAAAAUAAUGAUAUACCAGAGGAUGAUUUCGAAGUGGAACAACAUGAUGAUUUAUCGGAUCACCUGUCAGCAUCACGAUUGGAAAAAUACUUUUUAUCGGGUUUUAUGGGAUUUACACCAGAACGUCGUGAUUCAGACGGAAGUGGUGGAAGUGUGGGAAGUGAUAGUGAAGGUGGCCGCCCAAGUCCUGAACAACGUAGAAAACGGUUAGUUCGUGCUCGUGGUACGGGACGAUCUCAUUCAUCAUCGUUGGAUAAUUUAUUGACAAAUCCUGAGUUAUCACAAGAGCUAUCCACAUCUAGUUUAUCAUUACCACAACAAAAUGAAACUCAACUUGACUCAGAAGGCUCGAGUACUGAAACUGACACACAUGAUGAAGGUACACAACCGUCGAGUUUCGAUAAAUUAGAAGGACAAUUUGAUACAGUAAAACGUAAGAAAUGUAAAAAAUCCAACCAUCAAAAACCAUCUUCAGAUUCAUUACCUCAAUCCGGUGGGGAUGAUUUGAAUGAAGAUGAUAAUGACGAUAGUAAAACUCCUCAGCCUGAACUUAAUGAUUCACAUAAGCAAAGUCGUGAUAGUGGAUUUGUGGGUAGUUGUGAUGAUUUAAUGAAAGAUCAACGAAGUCUGAGCGAAACACCUCAAACCACAGCCGUAAUCGAAGCUCAAACGCAGCUUAAUUCAAGCAACGAAAAUAUUACAACGAAUUUAAUAGUUAAGGAUCAUAUAGAAGACAAUAAAAAUGUACAAAAGAAAGUUGAAAGUUUCCCUCCAGCCACAUCUUUAACACGCAAGGAUAGUUUUAAUAACUGGAGCUCGGAUGAGGAAACAAAUUUAAUGAUGUCCAAAAUGCGUCAAUUCUUCAAGACAAUGGUAGCAAAUACUCAACAAAAGCCGUCCACAACGGUUGUAUGCACAGCAGCAGUUACUUCAAAACCAACUACUCCAAUUUUGAAUAAAAGCCCACGAUUAUUAAAAUCUCGAGGACAAAAACCUCCUCAGCUCAUAUACUUCGAAAAUGAGCUAACACGGUUAAUGAAAACUGUUCCAGGAAUUCGUGACGAUCAAGUCCGAGAAAUAGUUGAAUACUUAAGUAGCGAAGAUACGUGGAGUGAUUCUUAUGAUUCUUCGGAUUAUACAAGCUCUGAUUUAGAAGGUGCAGUUGCCGGUAACCGAAAAUCCGCGUUGCAACAAGAGAUCUCAGAUAGUUGUCAACAAAUUAUUAAUAAAUUUGAUACUAAUUCACCUCCACCAGCGGUUCCAGGUGAUCAAGAAGGGGACGAAGGAGAUGGUGGCAUUGUUGAUGAAACUGCACACAGUUUAAAUCGUGAAACUGCAUUUGUAUAUCAAAAAUUAAUUGCAUCAUUUAGUAAAAUGGCAGCUGGGGAUCAAGCACAAGAUCCCAAACAAAACAAUUCACCUCCAUUAAUUGCAAAAGUUAUGCAUCAUAUUGGAAGUAGAUUGGUAGCAUUAAUGCAUGAAGUAUCGAGUGGAGAAUCACACGCUAGCAAUAGUCCAAAAAUUGUACAUAGAUAUCACCGAAAACUACAGCAUAAGAUAUCUUCAGGCUCAACAACUACUACUGAAGAUGAUGAUAGUACGUCAGAUAAUCCUGAUACAGGUGCAGAAAGUUAUUCGGUGCUACCACGUAGCCGUUCUCACGAUUUAUUGUUAAGCGAAGCACGUAUAUUAGGACAUCACCAGUCGACAGAAAAUACGACCGACGAUCGUGAUCGUGAAACAAGUAGUGAUUAUGAGCGAUUCAGUUGGCGUGGUAGUUUCGAAUCUGCGUUAAUGGCAACUCAUGACUCCCGAACUAAACUAACUUUAUUAUCAGGGGACAACUCUUCUUCGGCUUCAUUAGCAGCAAAACGUCGAUCGGCAGGUGAUUUAUUAUUUAACAGUCAUAAAACGUGUAGUCGUGAACAAUUAGAUCGUGUGCGCUCGUGUGGAAGUAUAUGUGAGGAUAAAAGUUGGGUUACAACACCUACGAAACCAUCACGACGUCGUCGAUCAAGCGUGCCAGAUGCAACACGUGGCGACGAAGAUAGUGCGAAUCAUUCGAACGAUGACGAUGACGACCAUGAGUCGUCACGUUCAACUUUACCUAGAAGUUUACAAACAAUUGGUACUGCAAGUUCCAACUCUUUACCACGAUUACCACUUGGUGGAAGCAGUGGUGGUGGAAGUGGGGUACAACAUUUUAUACAAAAUAAUAAUAAUGUAAAAAGUGCACGAUAUCGACCACCAGGAUUUAAUACGUUUCGAUCAACGAAUAAUUCAACGAAUAGUAGUGUUAGUUCUGUGUCAAACUCAGUGCCUACAUCGAAUGGUCCGAAACGUGCUGUGUCCGCUCCAGGUUUACAAUUAGCUGGUGUGACACAAACGCGACGUGAUUCUCGUGGCAGACGUAUUAUUUCAACAUCAGGAGAUGAUAUUAGUUUAUCAGAAUUAAAUACAUCACCAUUAUUGAUCAGACCACGAAGCGGGAGCAGUAAAAGUGCAACACCUAGUCCAGCACCAAGUAAUCGAUCUCGAGGUCAUAGUUCGGUGUCAAGUGCUGAAUGGCCAGCAUCGACAGAAGAUGACAUCGAUCGACUUGUGGCUAUACAUCAAAGUAAAUCUGGACUUUCAACACUUGGGGGACGAUCUGAUUCAUUAGCCAGCGUAUAUUCAGGAGCUGGCGAUGGUCGAUACGGCCAUGUGACUGUUCGAGGACAAGUUGAAUUUGGUUUGCAAUAUAAUUAUAAAGCUGGUGCACUUGAAAUUCAUGUGAAACAGUGUCGUGAUCUGGCACCAGUCGAUACAAAACGUAAUCGAUCCGAUCCAUACGUUAAAGUAUAUUUAUUACCCGAUAAAUCGAAGAGUGGUAAACGAAAAACAAAAGUGAAAAAGCAUACGUUAAAUCCGAUAUUUGAUGAAACAUUAAAAUUCCAUAUGACAUUAAAUAGUUUAGAAACACGAACGUUAUGGCUAACCGUUUGGCAUUCGGACAUGUUUGGACGUAAUGAUUUCUUGGGUGAAGUCAUGAUGGCUUUAGAAAAUAAAGUUUUCGAUGAUCCUACACCACAAUGGUACACAUUACAAGAGCGAACGGAGCCGUAUGACGAUUUAAUGUCAUACAAAGGUGACAUUAUUGUUGGUUUGAAGUUUGUACCGCCUGCACCCGAUAUGGCUGUCUCGAAAAAAGGCAAACGUUCCAAAGGUGCUUUACAUAUUUUAAUCAAAGAAGCAAAGAAUUUAACUGCUGUCAAAGCUAAUGGUACUUCAGAUCCAUUUUGUAAAACUUAUCUCUUACCUGAUAAGGGACGAAGUUCUAAACAAAAGACAUCGAUACAACGGCGAACAUGUAAUCCAACAUGGAAUUGUACAUUUAUAUACGAUGACGUUAGUUUACAAGAAUUAGCUGAACGAUCCUUGGAGCUAACAAUAUGGGAUCAUGAUCGCCUGGCAAGCAAUGAAUUUUUAGGCGGUGUGCGAUUCUCUUUAGGUACAGGAAAAAAUAAUGGAAAAUCCGUUGAUUGGAUGGAUGCAACUGGUAAAGAACUAACAUUGUGGCAAGAUAUGUUAAAUCGACCCAAUUUUUGGGUAGAAGGAUGUGUACCAUUACGAGCAUCAUUAGAAAAUCGUAUUUCCUAGCAGAAAGCAUAUUUUAAUGUUGCUUAUGAAAUUACUGAGGAUAGUGAUGAUUUUUUUAUCUAAAAAAAUGUGAUGCGAGUGGCCAAUUUGGAAAUGACAAGAAUUUUUAUCAGGUUUGGAAAGUGAAGGAAAUUAUAUUUUAGAGGCAUUUUUAUAAUAAGAUGCCCAAACCAAAAAGAAUCGGAUAGAGGGGAAAGUUUUUUUGCUAAAAGAAACGUUAGCAGGUUUUGCAGUUGUGGAAUCAACGAGAUACGGUUUGCAAUACGAAUCUCGGUGCAGUACAGAAGAAUGAUAAUAACAAUCUAUAAUUUUUAUGCUUAUGUACUAACGUUGCUUUCCAAGGACUACAAGUUAUUUUGUCUCUAUCCUAUUCUCUUUGAUGCCUUCUAGAAUAACUGUUCAAAAAAUCUCUUUAUAUAAAUGUUAAACUAGUUGUAAGUAAAUAAGUUUUAUACCCCCUCUCUUCACAUUUAUUGUGUAUUUUCAAAAUUGUGUUCCUUAUUAUCAAUCAGGUUCAAUUUCUAUAAACUGAUUGAUUUCAUUGUAAAAUAUAAUUAUAAUAUUUGCACACUGGAAUUUGAGCUGAAUCCAAAAGUACUAAAAAUAUUGUUGUCACUUUUUAAACAUAACAAAGUGAUUCAAAAUUAUUAAUGUACAUGUGUUGUAAUUGAAUAAUUUUGUAACCAAAUUGAAAGUAGCAUAGAUUUCUACAAAUAGAAUUAAAAUAAAUGUUUAAUGCCACAAAAGUUUAUUUCUUCGUAGAAUAGAUUUGGUGAUAAUUUUACCUAAUAAGCUCUUUUGAUGACGACAGUUUAUAUGAAGAGCUAAAAGCAAGUUUCAUAUUAUUUUAUGUUACACGGAAUUUUAGAAUCGUAGCCCAUAUGUAUAAGGAAUAUGUAAUAAUGUUAUGGCCUACAAAAACGAAUUGGUUUUAAAUAGGAAUGUUGGGAAAAUUGUAUAUCCGAUUCUUUCUGAUUGAUUUCCAAUUUCUUUCAAGAGAAAAGCUUUGGUAGUUUUUUACUAGAGUACUGCAUGUGCUUUAUAGGUUCUACCAAAUUCAUAAACUUAAAUAUAAAAGCUUAAAACAUUCUGCCAUUCUUAAUCCAUCGACUAUAGAUGGGGAUUUUGAAUCCUCAGUCCAUGGAUCACAGUCAAAGAGAAUGAUUCAACAUAAUAUGAAACUUACUGGAACAGACUACAGGCCUUGAGGUUGAAAAUUAGUAAUCUGAAUGGGAAUCCGGAAAUUGAACAUUGCCGAAUUUUGUAGUAUUAUAAUUGAAAUUCCAUUUGUAGAAUUCUGUAUCUACUUCCAAUUAAAUUUACUUAUAAGAUUUGAAAUAAUUAAUAAAAAUUGUUGGUAUGUAUUUAAA